GAAAUACCGGCGUGAACUUUCUUCCGUGUUCCGUGUCUCUGAUACUAUACAGAAGGCAACAUGUGUUCUAUUUUAUUAUUUUGUGAAGUAAAAGAACUGUGUGAUUGUUAGCCUUACUUACUGACCACUCCCUAGUGUAUUGUGCGAAAAGAGAAAGCAGCUCUGCGGUUAUGAGUGAAGGGUGACGUCAUUAGCUGUUUCGUACCGCUACUUCCAAGAAAUGGUGAUAUCAAGACGAAAUACAGAUUUAACCGUGUAUCAAGCAUUGUUAACCCAGAGGCAGGAUAAUAUUGUUUUAGCCAAGGAUUAUUAAUGCUUGGUGACAGGAAGAAAGUUCGCGCAAACUUUCACAUCCUAGACAUUCCUAAAUCACUCCACGUUAAACUAAAACACGUCACAACAUCCAAGAACACUUCCCCUUCACCGAUAAAAAGACAAAAAAUACAUCCUGUAAGUAAAAGCUAGACAAUCAACAUCCUGCAAGCAUUUGAGUAGAUCUUCAUCGCUGUUACAAAAAGAGGCGGAAACUAAUAAUAAAAAGAGCGAGGUUUCUCCGCUCCUUUAGUGAGAUCUUCAUCGCUUCUCGAAAGCUGGAAAAUAGUAAAUGACCUGCAAGCAUCACGGAGGGAGCUUCAGCAGACACACAAAAAAACAAACAAAUAAAAAAUGAAUAAAUAAAAAAAGAGCGAGGUUCCUCCGCUCCCUCGUCAAGAUCUUCAAGUGAGAUGAAUAAAACCAAAAAGGACCUGCAGUCAUCACUGUGAGACCUUCAUCGCACCCACAAAAGAGAAAAAGCAAAAGGAGAGGUACCAGAGUAAAUAAAAAAGAGCGAGGUUUCUCACCUCCUCCGCCCUGGUUCCUUCUCCUUCUGGUUCCUCUUUCUUGCUCCUCCUCCACCGGUUCCUCCCUCUGGUUCCUCCUCCGCCCCGGUUCCUCCCUCUGGUUCCUCCUCCGCCCCGGUUCCUGCUUGUGGUUCCUCCUCCGUCAGCCCCUCCGUUCCUGUUCCUCGCUGGCCAAUGUUUGUGUUGUUGGUGGGAACAUGGCGCGGGUGACCAUCUUCAGCUGCGCCUGUUGUCUGAGAGCUCUAUGGACACCAGAAGAGAUAGAGCAGCACACAAGAUCACAACAAAUUGAUAAAGAAAUACAAAAAGACCGGCAAAGAUACAGACGGCAGGUUAAACUUUUAUUGUUGGGGGCGGGAGAAUCAGGGAAAUCGACCUUCCUGAAGCAGAUGCGCAUCAUCCAUGGCUACCGAUUUGGACACGAUGAGGUCGAUGAAUAUAGAGAAACUAUUUACAAAAAUAUUGUUAUGGGCAUGAAGGUGUUGCUAGAUGCAAGAGACAAGCUCAGAAUACCCUGGGGAGAUCCAUCACGAGAACCUUAUGGGCAACAUGUAAUGAAAUUUAUGGGGUCUAUGUCCCUUGACAGACAUGUAUUUCUUGAAUAUGUACCCAGUGUCAAGGAGUUGUGGAAGGACUCAGGCAUCCGUCUAGCUUACAGCAGACGAGCAGAAUUCCAGUUGACUGACAGUGUAUCAUACUUUUUCGAAAAUUUAGACAGAAUAGGUGUUCUGGAAUACAUCCCCACAGAGAAGGACAUUCUCCACUGCCGCAAAGCCACCAAAGCAAUCACAGAAUUCACAAUACCUAUUCAAAAUGUACCGUUUCUCUUUGUGGAUGUAGGAGGGCAGCGUACACAAAGACAAAAGUGGUUCCAGUGUUUUGAGAGUGUUACCUCAAUAAUAUUCUUAGCAUCAUCCUCAGAGUUCGACCAAAGGUUGUUGGAAGAUAGGAUCACAAAUAGGUUAGAAGAGUCGCUCAACAUCUUUGGAACAAUAGUGAACAACCGAAGUUUUCGUGAUGUUUCCAUCAUUCUCUUCCUAAACAAGACUGAUCUCCUUAUUCAGAAAGUCAGAUCAAGACAAAGCAACAUUUCCCAUUAUUUUACAGAUUUUGUGGGCAAUCCACAUGAUGAAAGAGAUGUCCAGCAGUUUAUCUUGCACAAGUUUGUGGAACAACGGCGAGCAGAUAACAAUCGACGGCCAUUGUUUCACCAUUUUACAACAGCUGUUGACACAGAAAACAUAAAAGUUGUCUUUAACUCUGUGAAGGACACCAUUCUCCAACGUAAUUUGGAAACACUUAUGCUCCAGUGAAAAGUAGGAAGAGUUAGCUAUAAGGCCACAUCUUAGCACAGUUCACAAAACAGACUACUUACUGUAAGAAGCUCAAAAUAAUUAUUUGAGUUAUUAAGAAUGGUUAUGACCAAAUGUCAUUUUUGUAAGAAUUGAUAUAGUUAUAGCAGAUUCAUUCAGACAUUUAUGGGUGCAUGUUUCUGGAGAUAAAAACUUAGAUCAGCUGAAGUGGCUGAACACAAAUGCAAGGCAGUAAAAAGUUCAGUUAAAUGAGCUCUAGAGUCUUUACACUGUGACUAGAUCUAAAGAGUACCUAAUGUGAUAGUAGAAGACCCUAAUAUUGACUUAGGAAAUAAGGAAGGAUCCCUUUUAUACUGUACCAUUGAUGUCUUGUGGUUGAAUUACCUUCCCCCUUCAUUCAGUUGUUUCUUUUUGUUUUGUUUUUCAUAAGAAGGUAGUGUCUGUAAGUACAAUGCUCAAAGCUUAAAUAAAAAGACCCAUUUUUCACAUAACUGAUGUCACAAGUAUUUGAUUGUAGUUAACAUGAAAGAAAAUGAUAGCAGAACCUGGGGAAUGCCAGCUGUAAGGAUAUUAGCAUUUUCCAGCCUUGUGGUUUUUAGUCAUGUUAUUGACCUGAUGUAAGACUACUGCAUCCUUUGCUUGAAAGUAAUUUAUUAUCAGGACAAAUUGUGGAAAGGAAUCAGUUGAUCAAAGCCACUUUCUUGAUAUUAUGGCUAUGGAGUUCCACAUAAAAUAUAUCUUCUUUUCUCUGAAAUAACUUUUCUGACAAGCAGUACAUGAUGAAAGCACAAAAGAUAUGAUAAGACUGUCCUUUUGCAUACCCUUUAGACAGUUUAAGAUCUAUUACAAAAUACUUGCAUGCAUUAUAACAAGUUUGUUCAUUUAUUUAAGUAAAACUAUGACCGUUUGUAUGAGCUUAAUUAAGUAGAUAAAUCUUAACCAUUAAUUGUAAUGCAAGACUUCAUUUAUUUCUGUGCAUGCUGAACAAUAUUUGUGUGUUUGUAAAUAUUAAUAGACAAUAGUCUGUUAUUUUUUUCAUUAUGCAGAAUUUCAUAUUGAUGUGUCUGCAUUUAUACCUGGUUUAGCCUAACAGAACAAUUUGUAAGGAGUGUAAUCAGCUGUCAAGAAUGAAUCAAUAUUAACCCAUAAUUAGUGCAAUGCAUAAUGGAAAUAUCUUUGACUAUAUCUUACAUAAAUGCAGGAAAGCAAGCCACUCUUUUUACUUUAUUUUACUUAUUUUUGCAUUUUAUUUAUGGGAUGGAAGUUUAUCUGUCAAAGUUAUCCAAUACUGAUUUUUUUUUUUAUAAGUUCAGACACAAACAGUUUUUGCUUGAGUAUCUGCUUAGGUUACUCAGGGAGGGAGUGUUCCUUAUAAGGGUGACAUAUUUAAUUGGUCAAAUGACAAUAAUUUGUAUUCCUUUAGUGGUUGAAUUAUAUGUUUGUUUAUAUUGACAAGUAGUGGUAAGAAUGAUCAGCAUUUUUCUGUGUAUUCCUGGUGUAAGUUGUUCAUAACUAAGGAGGGUGUGCUAUGAUAGUUUUGAAGAAAGGUUUUCCAAUUUAGCAGCUAUUUUUAGGCAGCAGAUAGGUAAGCAGAUAAUGCAUUUUACUUUUUUAUUUUGAUAUCUGAUUUAUUGCAAAACUGAUUUUGUUUGCAAUCUGAACAGCUACUGAUCCUGCAAGUCCUUCCAACAUAUUCAGUCUUCAACACAAGCUUAUAUAACAGGAUAUGUAGUAUUUUACAAAUGCUGAUCAGAUGGUUAGAUUCUCAGUGAAUAUUACUUUCCACUCAUGUUAUUGUUUUACAGUUUGUUAAAGAAUAUGGUUCUUUCUUAAUACAUAUAUUUACAAUGCCAUCUUGUCAAGCAACUUGUUUUUCUUUCUAUACAAGAUGGAUUUGCUGUUAUAUUUGCAUUAUUUUGAGGUAUGAUAACCUGCCCCUUAUCACUAUCUUUCUUUCCUUUUCCUAUUUAGCCUGUUAUAAAUACCAUAAAUAUGCAGGUGAAAUGUGUUAAACAUUCAGUUUUAUGACUUGGAGGAUAAGGAAAGCCAGUAGACUAUUUUUUUUCUCAUAAUGGAAGGAGUUACCACCUCAGCAAACCCAGUUGCCCCAUCCACUGCAGAUGAUGAUGACUAUUGUAUAUGUAGAAAGUGACAAGAGUACAGUUACUUUACUCUGGCUCACCAUAAAAUUGGUUUAUACUCAACCUUGCCCCAGAUAUUUUAUUUGCUUUGCUGUAGAUAUCAUCUCGUGUUUUUUCUUCAUAGGCUAGCUAAUACAUCUAGUCACAUCAUGCUGAUGCUGUAAUGUGUAGCAGCUUUUCAUGCCCCAUUAUUCCUUUAUAAACUUGAAAUAUGAAAAGCCAUUUUUUUCCAGAUAACAGUGAUAUAUUAGUGAUACCCUUUGAAAAAUGGUUUGGUUUCAUAUUUUUAUGUUUGUAUUAAGGUAGCCAUGAAUUAUUGUUUUUCCUUCACAAAUUCAUACACCAAAUGACAUAAGUAAGAUCUUCGUGAAAAGUGAAUUAGUUCUGCAUUUUCCCUGAGUCUAUAUAACUGUUACUCUAUUGUCAGUUGUAGUUGAGUUCCAUGUAAUGUAAUUGACAUGAAAUAGGAGCCUUCUAGGUUGUUGAUUAUAUUUAUUGAUUAUAUAUGUAUAUUGUUUUAUUCUUUUUAGUACAUCAGUAUGCAACAUUACCAAUAGUAACUAGGUGCUUCCAUGCUUAUGUGAAUUUCUUCCAUUGGUUACAUGUAUCCAAGAUUUGUCAAUCUGCCAUUAGUACAAUUUCAUACCUGAACCAAGAACCAAUGACAUUUGCAAUAAGACUGCAUUUCUGUAUAUAUUUCAUUACUCUAUACAAAAUUAAACUGCAUGCAAGAUGAGUUUAGCUUGAGACUAUAAAACAGUUAUUAUAUGAAAUUGGUGAUUGCAGGUCUCACAGAGGUAAAGCUUAUGUAAGUUUUACUCUGAUAAUUAACUUUUCAAUUUGUUUCAAGUCCAAAAAUUAAAGCAAUAAUAUUUUGAGGUAAAAUGGUGUAUAUAAUGAGGAAAGAAUUUAUAAAUUAUUAUGAUAUUCAGAAGGCUAAGUAUUGUAUUUUUUAUAUGAAGUCAUGUAAUUGCGGAUUGAAUAAUAAUUGUUGUUCAAGACUAUUAUCAGCCUUUAGCUUUCAGAUGCAGUUGUGUUAGUAAAUAGAAAGAUAGUAAAUGGAAAGAUAAGAUAUCAGAAGGCAAAAACUAGAUAGAAUAGACUAAACUAAACGCGUUUUACAAGAUCUAAUUAUAGCUUUUUGAAUCUAUUGAAGAAUUCAGAUACAAAUCCCUGUCUGCUAUUGCAAAUAGAUUUACUGCUCAAAAAUCAAAAUUAUGCCAUUAAGUAACUGUGUACAAAAAAUAGAUUUGUCAUACAUUAUAUAAAAGUAAUGUUAAAAGCUUACAUUUGCUUAUAUUUUUGGCCUCAUGUGUGAACAUUAGCAACACCUGUCUGCAAGACAUUUGAUUUAUCAUUAUAUGUUCUGUAUUUGCAGUACCUUUCAUGAAUACAAUGCAUGUAAGUGAGCACACAGUUGAAGAGUGUGUGUGUUGUAUGUGCAUGCAUGUGUUUAGGCAUGUGUUUGCUUUUGUAUGUCUUGUUUGUGUGUUAGUAAGAGUAUAAGCUUGUUUAUUAUUCCUUUGUUUCACUACUUGGUAAACAUCUUGAACAUCUUUCUUAAAUUUGAGUCAUUUCUCUGUUAAGAGCAAGAAUAGACAAUAUCUAUAAAAGGGAGUCAAUCUGAAAGACAUCAGUGUAGCAUAUUAGUCUGAUAUAUAUAUAUUUUUUUUUUUCUUGUCUUAUUUUCUCUUAACUCGUGGAGUAGUUCCCCUUUUUGAUCCCACCGACUGGUGUACAGUAUAGUGAAUAACUUUCGCCUUUUUUCCCUUUUUUUUCUUUCUUCCCCUUGAAGACAAAGAUUCAGGGCAUCAUCUGCUGAAGACAAAAAUUGAGCACAACCUAAGCUAUACCUCAUGCUCCAGGGGUUAAUUGAUAUUUAUGUAUAUUAUGAAAAAUUUUCAUAGCUACAAUGCACCCAAAAACUGAUUUACAGUUGGAAUAUUUAGACAAUAUUACGGUGUGUCAGGUACACCAUUUUAAGGCUGAUGCAUUUAUGGUAGACAAAUGUUAGCAGAGUAGAAAUGUUCAUUCUUGUAUUUUAUUAUAUUGAUUUACAGAUAGCUGUAAUUAAGUAGUUUGAGAAGCUAGUUGGAUUAAAUUCAUUAUCAAGAGAGGAAAAAAGCUAUUGGCAAUUAUGUGUCUGCAUAUAAUAAUAUUAUGUUCAUUAUGAUGCAUAUUAGCUUAUAUAUUACACUAUUUUCUCUCUCUGGAUGUAAUGCUCAAAUACUGUUAAGAAGAUACAUUGUCCAGAUUAUCCAUGUUUCAAAAACCUGCAUAGAUAGUAAAACUGUAAUGAAGCUGUAAAGCAUACCUUAUAUUCAGCACUGUAUGUUAUUAUUUUCUUUUGAUGUUGUAUAUAUAUCGUGAGGGAAUCACUAUCCUCAUGAUGGGUCACAAAUCAUGCCUUCUUUUUCUGCUGCUUUGCAAUCAGUUCAAAUUUUGGGCAGUGAUAACUUCUGAAUGUUUUUGUAUUGUUGUUUGUUGUAAACAGUGUUGAGUUUUUUUGUUUUUUUUUAAUUGCUUGGGAUUAAGUUGUUAUCAUUUGAUGGUAACACUAAUAAUUUUGUAGAUGAAGUUCCACUGUGGAGCAGAUAUCUCCAUAUUUUAAGGUUGACGAAAACUGAUUUGUUUAUAACCUCUUGAGGGUUGAAAAAAGUAAUUUACAUAUUUACAAUUCCGGUAUUCUGAAAGCAGCAUCAUUACUGUAUUUUUAAGAUUUUAUGAUUGUAGCCAGUGUUUGGAACUCAUUGAACAGUGUUGUGACAUUGGCCGUCCCUAUUUAAAAAGAGGAAGCUAUAAACUGAUAGUUUGUUUCUCUUCAUUUAUUGUUUGGAUUGUAUCAUUUAUAUCAAUUUAUUAUGCAUGAGGAGAUGCAUGUUUGUAAAAGGGAGUGUAAGGUUAUAAGCAUGUGUGUAUUAUGCUCUUUUGCUUAAUCAGGCAAGCUCAUUACUAUUUUCUGGUAUUCAUAAAUUACAUGUUAUAAGGAAGCAGACAGUCACUGUUUUUUUUUUUUUCAGAAUUGUUUAUUGUUUUUUGUUUUGUUUAUCAAGAUAUAAAUUUACAAAGGUCCUUUUUGAACUACUGCUUUACUCAAAGAAACUAUCAAGGAAGUGAUUAGUAAGGAAUGAAGUAGACUCAACAUUAAGACCAUAAGUAUUUGCAGUUAAAAAGAUCCUUAAUUUUUCCAUGUAGAAGUUCAGAUUUUAUGUGUCCUCAUAUAUAUCAAUCCUCAUCAAGUAAUGUUUUUUUUAAUGAGAAUCUCGCUGCAAUCUGUCUUAUCAUCAGCAUUUAAUGAUGUGUUUCCAGCCUAUCUGAUAUCCGAUUAUGCGCACACAGACAAAGCAGCAACCACUAACCCAUAAACUGUUGUAUAACUCCUCAACAGCUGGUCAUCAGAGUGCUGUGUCUUUAGAGCAUUCUUUUCAAAUGAUGCUUAUAAAUAUCCUGAUUGAUUUACAACCCUUUUUUUUUCACAUCAUUAGUAGUGCCUCUAUUCAGUACAUGGCAUCAUUAUCUUAAUUUGUAAUAUACCAGUUGUUCCUUCACUAUGACCAUGAAGAGGCUAGCAGUACUGCCGAGUAUGUGCAAAACAGGCACUCCAGUUUAUGGGUAAAGCAUAAAUUUUCAUUUUGAUGCAUAUUAUGGCACUGAUCUUUUCUUACUAUUGCACUAAAUAUUUGUAGGUUUGUAAAAGACAAGGACUGUAGUUUGCUAUAGUAAGUGAUAUGAAAAGAAUAUGUGCAAGUGACUUUAUUACUACAUAUUUACUAAGUGUAAUCUUGGUAAAGAAAAUUUAAUUGUUGAAAAUGAUGGAUGAUAUAAACAAAUUAAAUAAUAUAAAUGUACAGUAACUAAAUAUUUUAUACAUCAAGUUAACUUUUUAAAUUUUGAUUUGUGAUUUUUGAUGGUAACCUCUUGAAGUAGAAACCUGCAUGAAGUAGAAAUCAGCAUUCUCAAAGGAAAUGAUAGCUAUUUGCCAAGCGGUAUGUUUGACUAAUAUUCUUGAUGUGAGUGUAACUGCAAUAGUGAUAGAAAGUUUUUAUCUCUUAUGAUUCCGUGCACAUCAAGAAAGAAGACAUUCCUGCAUGAGGUUGAUUUUGUUUAUUUGUCAUAGUUGAUUUAUUUUCCAUGUUUGAAAUUCUUGUCAGUUAUCGUUUUGGUACUGAUUUUCUUUGCAUGUUUCAUGUAAAUACGUUUUUAUCUGCUAAUGUACGGUUAAUCAUCAUGUUCAAUUUGUAUAGCCAAGAGAUUUUUUCCCCUUCUGGACCCUUGGUUCUGUGUAUGUCCUUGUGUCAUUCCCAAGGUAGCUAUAACUAUUUUCCGCCAAUAUUGUUAUUGUACAAUUCUGUGGACACCCUGUAUAGUUAAGCCAGUUGUAAUAUGAUAUGAUUAUGUAGUGAACACUACAUGUCCAGUGAAUAGGCAGAAUGAGAUGACAAUAUACAUAUUUGAUCAUCAGAUAAGUACAUAGGAAGCUUCAGUCUUUUUAUAUGAAAGAAAUAAUGGAUUCUGUGACUCCCUGCAAGAAAUCUCAUUAUAUUUAGGGUUAAAGGUGUGCAUAUAUAUUUCACAUAUUGACAGUUACAUUACCUGGGGGUACCAAGUUCUUGAUGUUCAAUGUCAACACAAAAAAAUUCACUUCAAUAAGGUACACAUAUAGUAAAUAUCCUGCAAACCCUUUUAUUAGUGUGUAUUGUACAUGUAUUUCUGUUGAAAGGGAAAGAUGUAAUUUAUUAACUCAUUCCAUAUUGAUACAUAUUCCUGAUAGUUUUAUUUAUUUAGCAUUGUAUUUGUUUUGAUACUGUUGCAUUUGUAGCACAGGUAUAAUGUUUUAAGACAUAUUUCAAAUUAGAUUAUAGGUUUUAUCUGUUUUAUCUUGAGAGUGGUAUAAUGAAAAGCUGUGUUGUCCUCUGACCCAGUGUUCUAAUCAUUGUAUUGGUGACCCUCUUCUUGCUUGCUUUUUUUUCUCUCUCUCUCUUUGUUUUUUUUGUUUUUGUUUUUCAGUGGCAAAAAGUUAAAAUGGCCACAGUGUAAUAGAGAGAAUUGUGUCAGUGAUAUUCUUUUGACCUUGAUUCUUUUACUGAGAGCUAUAAUAUGCAUUACAUUCCAGUUAUAAGUGUAAGGUGUGAUAUUUCAUUUGUUAUAUUCCUCUUAACAUAAGGGAAGCUCAGAUCUGGUAUUUACCUUUAUUUCUAGAGUUCCUAUGAAUUUGUAUCUCAUAAUUUCCAUAUUUUUUUCUUUUAUAACUCAUUAGAUAUGUUAAUUAAAUAUAUUAUUUUCUUUGCAGUAGGUGCAGAUAGCUAGACCUCUUUGGUGUAAAUGAGCAUAGUUGGUUCAUAUGUCUAGACUUUCAUUAAGCCAUUUUCACUGCCUAAAAACUGCUUGUGUUCAAAAUGAUGUGUCAACAAAUUUUUCAUUGUGGAAUGUAGCAGCUCAACAGUAUAGUAAUGCUAAAGAAUAGUAAUAGUAAUACUCUUGGCUAGAGACUAGCAUAUGGGCAAAUAAUGCAGAUUAAUAGAUCUGUUUUGAUUUGUAUCAAUAUCAUGAUUUUGGGUGUUUCCAUUUCUAUUGGAUUUCAGUGCAUUAAUAUUGUCAUCCUAAGGGUAAAAUAAGUUAUAGUAAGUUCCCAAAAAGCAUGAUAUAUUCUCUGGAUAUGGAAGCAGGUUCAGUAGUUGACUGUACACACUACCAGGUGAAAGAAGUAUGGGUUAUUGACAAUAGUAACAUAAAAAGAGAUGAAAGUAUUUUUUUGCAGUAGAAGGAUAAACAACUGCUGCAGAAAGGAAUGAGAUCAUCUAAAUUGUGGAUUGUGAAAAAGAGGAGACAUUAAGAACUGAAAGAUGAUUGUCCUUUAUUUCUGUUUGUCUGAAAGGUUUAAUAGGCUACAUUUUGUUGAUAUCCAAUUCAUUUGUAGGGUUGUUAAGAUAUGUGUUCUGCUUACAUAAGCAAAUAAGGGUACCAAUCUUAGCAAAAUUUCUAAGAAUUUGGUACCACGCUUGAAAGAUGUAUUUAUAAAAUCUAUACUUCUUUAUUUGCUAUGUAGGGAGAAGGGUAAUAUUUUUAAAGGUAUGUACAUAAAGUGACUGUAAGGUCUCAGGUGUUAUUUGUACAUAUUGUAAAAAAGAAAUUAUUAUGAGAGUGGAGUCUAGAAUAUAAUAUAGAAAAUGUGAUGUUUCAAAUUUUUUCAAGCAGUGGAUGUCAUGUAAUAUUCAUAUUAAGGACUGUCAUCAAGAACAAGACAAUAUUAGUGAUGUAUCCAGUGACACAUCGGGUCAGCACAAGGAAUGUUGUAGUUUGUUACUGAAAAUACAUUGGCAUUUCAUUCAUAUGUGUAGAACAUACUAGUUGCAAUGCAAUAGAAGUUUUAAAAUGUGAUUGAAUUUUAUGCUGUUUGAUGGCAGGUAAGAUGUGUGUCAAGUAGAUACAAGCUCAGAGGGUUUCUAGAUAAGUAAAAGAAUCCCAAGUUUAAAGAACUGAUGUAAUAUUUUGUAAAGAAUCUGAAGUGACAAAUACUGUAAAUUUCAGCUGAACAACCUGUAUACCUUAAUUGGUGAAGAAUGCCCAUGCAUACCAACAAAGUAAAGCAUUCCUUCAUUACCACUAGCUGUCUCCACCAGUGUAUCAGAUUUUUGUCACUUUAAAGCUCAUAUUAACUUAAUGAAGUGAUUCUUUAAACUCAUGAGUAAUAUCCUAUAGGAUUGUAUAAGAAAGCAACACACAGGGUCAGGUAAGGAAAAUUUGUCAACACCAAAACCCCAAGUGACGGACACACGGGCGUGAGGACAUCACUAGGCGUGGUGGUGGCAGCCUCUAUGCGAGCUUGGCACCAUUUUAUAGACAUACAAUAAAUAUUAUUUUGUUACUGUAA